CCCCAAACGAGAGAAGGGUUACCAACAAGGGGGCAACACGGACUCGAACGUCUUGGACUGACGACUUAUUUGUUCCCUCGUUUCUUCUGGCCAUUUGCCUUAUUUUGAGCCGUUGCCUUGCCGUUCCGUUGUGCAGCUCAUCCGAAGUUGAUUGGCCUCGAACCCUUUUCCCCCGCACAUCUCCAAGGUCAUCCGUCGAUUUGGUCCAAGGUCGUCAUCAGAUCGAUCUUUCUUCUCAACUUCUUCUUUCAUCAGCUGACUCACAAGACGACCACCUCACACGACCUUUACCUCAGCUCUACCACCUUACUAUUACUCACCUUACCUAGUACACAGUAUACCUACCUCAGUACGGAUACAGAAACGGCAGCGAACCCUCCUUUUGCUCGUGGCCGCCCCUCACUCAUCCUUUCCCCCCUUCUCUCUCUCUCCGCUUCUCAUUCGCCUCGAACUGUCGUUUCUUUUUUCCCCGCAUUUGCACAGGCAAGCCGCAAGCUGCACGCCGUACCGCACCGCACGCCGCACGCACAACGAAAGACCAGACAGGAAGACAGACAGACACUGGACGUCCAGACGAGACGAGACAAGACUGGACAGAAACUGGGCAGGUCAGGACAAGACCGGCAGCCGAUCCCGACGGUCUUCGAGCAGACAUCGGACACGGAGUAAAAAAACCUAAGCAGCAACCAACACCUUCAUGCGCUAGCGACGAUCAACAAGACAACCCCCCGACGCCAUCCCACCAGCCAGCUACCGACACCUCGACUGAUGAGGCGAGGACAGACGAGACGCUACCUCCGCUAGCUAUUCGUACAUACAUUUCCUCCUCCGUACCCUACGUACCUCACCUCACAGCUAGGCCACACCUUACCGACCCUACCUUACCUUAGCUUCCUUCUCCUUCCCCUUCCCUUGCCGGUGAGGGGCUGAGGCGGCCGAGAGUGGACUGGAACUGGCUUUUUGACCGGGGGGAGGCUGGGCUGCAGCACUGUCCGAGUCGAGGCUUGUUGCUCCACGACAGUUCUGCUUCUGGCACUGCACUGCUUUUCUGCUGGACUGCGACAAAUCAUCACUCCACCGCGAAAUCUCUCGCUCAAACUCUUUAACGGCCGUCACCCCUGUGACAAGAGUCCUGAGCCUGUCUCUGCCAUCUCCCUUCUCUCGACUGUUCCCUUAUUCUUAUUGCGUCAUGUUUUGAGUGAUGGACGACACAGAUUCCGCGAGAAAUGCUGCGAGCAGAGCAGGCUCUGCAGAAGUGAAGGCCGAGUCACCAGGCGCGACCACUACCGCCGCCACUACCAAGAGCCAGCAGCAGCACCACCAACAACAGUCAGCGCCGCCAAAGAGGACCGUAUGCGAUCACUGUCGAAGGAGAAGAAUCCGUUGCGAUGGCAAGUUCCCUUGUGAGCAAUGUGUGCACGCUUCACUCACCUGCAAGCGCGAACAUGUCCCCAAGAAAAGAGGACCGAAGCGUGGCCAUGGACGGGUCAUAAAUGAGUUACGCGCCCGGGAGUCGUCCCAAGGAAAGCAGCAACCAAAAGUCCAGAAACCUUUCAAUGCAGAAACUGCGCUCGAGAGUCCUACAGAGUAUGUGCGGCGUCGAUUAUCAGCAGCAUGCCCACCGCUGAACCUAGACAGCGUCGACAUUGGGAUGAGCGGUAGCGACCUCGGCGAAGCGACAUCUCAACAUUCGUCCAACGCGUCCGCAGCAUCGACCCCGCCGAGCUUUUGGGCUGCCGUCACCUCGAACCCAGGACAUAGCAAUGUACCGGAGCCCAGAGGCAUCUUCUCGAGCGAUGAACUACGACCGAGAACGAGGAGCUAUUUCCACAUGAUCCCCCAGCUGGUCGAGCUGUACUACGAGCACAUUUACCCCAUCAUGCCCCUCAUCUACAUGCCGACCGUCCGCGAAACGAUCAACCGACCCAUGACGCCGAGCGAGAAGAACCUGAUUUACGCCCUAUGCGCCUUAACGUCGAUGCACAUGUCUGGUAAAAGCAUCGGCGCACCUGGACCCACGUCUUGGGAAGUCGUCGGACGCUUUUUCCUCGACGAGACCAUUUCGACGAGGCAGACGUACGACUUCCUCGAGGAUUUGUCCCUGUCCGCCGUGAUUUCGUCGUUUUACCUGAGCACAUCCUUCUUUGAAAUCAACCAAUCGCGCAAAUCGUGGUACUACCUCCGGGAAGCGUUGACCAACGCACAGGACCUAGGACUCCAGGACGAUUCAACAUACUACGGGCUGAGUCGCGAGGAAACGCUAUGCCGACAGAGGGUCUUCUGGAUUCUCUUCGUCACAGAAAGGUCUUUUGCGAUUCUCCGCAACAAGCCAAUUACGUUCAAGAGAACACCAUCGCUACCAACAACACGGCAACCCUACGAAGGCCCCGAUAUUCAUGCCGGUUUUCUGCAGCUUGUUUCAUCCUACACUCCUCUGGACGAAUCGUUCGUGACGGCUUGGAAUGAGGGGUCUGAUCCCCGCGUCAGCGCAACAACGUUUUUGGCUUUGCAAAACCUUCUCUCCCUCCCUCCCGCGUUCCUCCGCCCACAUGGGCGAUCAUCACCACCAACCCAGCCUCAUGGGCAGCUAAUGGGUUCCUAUGGUUCAACGUCAGCCUCGAGAGAUGCCGGGGCGCCAGAGCCGACAGACAUUCAGAAAGCCGAUUUACUCAUCACACAACAAUGGCUUCGACUUAUUGUGUGGCAGUCGUCGAUGAGGCAAGGCCUUCUGAGCUGGACCAACCCGGCCGACUCAGGAGGUGGGGUAUCUUCGGGCAGCGGUGUCGGCGGUGGGAACAGCAUGUGUUUUUCGUUCCCUCUGACAGUUGCACGUGAUACGGCCUCGAUCUUAUCAAGCUUGCCUAGCAAAGCUGUCGAGGUUCACGGAAUGGGUAUCAUGGAGAAGAUUUUCGAAAUCGGAACCUGGUGCGUUAAUGUCUUGGGAGCAUGCGAAAGUGUUGGCUUCUCAACCGCCAUGGACUUUACGUCAGGCGAUAUGGGUGUUCUGGGCAGCGGUCGAAAGGGGGCGAGUCUAGACCCUAUCGAGUUCUUCGUGCGUACACUGAGUGCAAGCGACAACUCCCGGAAACAGUUCGCAGAGAAGCUGCUCACCGCUGCCGGCGAGAAUCCAGGAAGUAUGAGAACACAACUCAGUCCCGCCAUGUCUGGGAUGAGUUCAGCCGCCGCGGCGAUGAUUGCCGCAGGUCAGGCGCACCACAUGAUGGAGCAAGGCUGGGGACAAGUUGGACAACAAAGAGGGAGCGUUGUGGGCGAAGUCUUUGACGACAACGAAGAGAGCAAUAGCAACAACCAGCAGCAGCAACAGCAGCAGCAGCAACAACAACAAAGGCUCGACCUCGGAAGCAACUCAAUGCACCAUCCUUCUACUAUACCAAGUAUGGGGUUGGGAAUCGACCUUGGGUCCGACCGCUUGACGGGUGGUAUGGGCGGAGUCGACAUGGACGCAAGCAGUGUCGAUCUUAUGAGCCCAUUAGGCCUGACUCGAAGCAACACCUCCGAUAUGGCAGCGAUGGGAAUGCCCGUAUAUGAUACAGCCUGGAGCCCUAGCAGCGGUGGGACGGGGCCGCGCGAAUACCCAGAACAUAAUCCUGGACCUUAUACCAAUCAACGUGAAGGGGCCCAAGGCUACCCCGAUAUGGGGAACGGAAUGAUGAUGCAUGAUCGGAUGGCAACCGGUACCGGCGGUCCCGUGGGAGGCCCCGUCGGUGGGGAGAAUCCUGGUAUGGACCCGCGGCAGCAGCAGCAACAUCAACAGCAACAACAUCAAGGGGAUAAUGGCGGUUAUGACGGACGGAGACCGGAGGACAAGAACGGUGGAUACCCAAAUGGCGGCAGGGUCGGUCUAUGGCUAGGGACAUGAGAACCUACCUGUCAGCACGUUGAUUGAUCUUGACGUUGGAUGGACAGGUGGAUGCUCUAGGCCAGAGGAGGUCGGAUGUACUCAUACUUCAACACUAUUGGAUAGGAAAAGGGAAUAGGACUGGACGGGCGUGAACUGGGAGCAUCUGCACAAACGGAACUAGGAGUUUUAUGUCGGCCACGGUUCAUUGUCUACCGGCGGUUCUGGCGAUACAGGUGUUCAAAGCUACCGUUUGCACGCUGGAUGGCGUGUCGUAGCUGACCUGGGUGUUUAGUGACCCUUUUGGGUGGGUUUGGACUCGGCGGCAUUCUACGCGUACAUGUAUAUACCUCUGGUGGUGGCAUUGGAUGAAAUGUCGCCCCAAUAUACCUACUGUAAU